UAACAGCUGUUAGUGGUAAAAUGAGCGGCGCGCUAGCAAGUGUGAUUGAAAUACAAACAAAAAACUCGUAUUUAAGUGCUGCAGAACUUAUUGUGCACCGUCAUGCAGAAGUUGAAUCCCCUCGAAUCGGUCUAAAACGAACCAACGUGGAAGGUAGCGCGGCCGAACAGGAGGAGCUUCAACAUGCAUAUGCAAAUUUACGCAGCGUAUUGUCAACGCGACGCAUCGAGCGACACACGGGACGUGCCAUUGCCGAGUGGCACAAGGAUCAACAGGCGGCUGAAGUGCUGCGCAAAGAUGGCAAAUUUGAGAGCUUUGGCUUCAACAGGCAAGGCAAACUCUAUUUGGAAUAUUACGAGGCACUAUUUCUCCUAGAAUUGAACCGUCUGCAAUUGGAGUAUUGCCAAAUGAUUGUCUCUGUGGAACAGGCCUAUUUAUUACUGCUGGGCGAGGAAUCCAGCGAGAAGUACAAUAAUUAUUUAGUGUACUCGGCCCUGUCACGUGCUGGAUACAUUGUGGUUAGGCAUCAAACAGCUUGCCAAGAUGCCCCAACUAUUUCAGUAAAAUCAGCUGCUGCACCAAGCAGUGAGGAUUGCAUUUGGGCCCUCUUGGAGGAGACUAUAAGCAAUAAGCCAGCGCCUGAAUACAUCAAAGCAUCUCAUUAUUAUGUCACUGCGCAAUCGCGAAUGGCAGACCUAAAGCUUCAGAUUGUGAACCAAACUCACCCGAGUGUAGAAGACAACAGCUUAAAGGAAGAUUUUAAAUUCGAUACACGUAAGCGAAGAGCGCAAUCAGAGCCAAAAGAGGAUGCAGCAACUAAAAGAGUAAAAACGAGAAACACUGAAAGCCUUAUUGACAAUCUUAAAACGGAACCGAACUAUACGAAAUUCAAGGAAAUAUUUGAGAGAUUCGAUAUAGUGCAACUCCAACAAGAUGACUAUGAUGUGACCGAGGAUUAUUCCGAUUUGCGCAAUUUGAAUAUUAGCUUUGAUUUGCAUCUACACAACGAGGGUUUCAGGCGCAGUGCGCCAAAGGCGCCCACAUUCAGCGUUGUUAUAGUGGCAACAGAUGAACCAUUUCCCACCCAUAAUGAGAUGAUCAAGUGCCAACGCCAGCAGCACUCAAUUCUCUCAAUUUCCUCACCCACUGCUGGUGCCCCGCCGUUGCUUGUCAUAUCCGUUAGCGAAUCUAAACAAAUUCAGGCGUUUCUAUAUUAUAUGAGCUGAUGAUUUUUGCGAUAGCUCAAUUAAUUGUGUGUGUAAUUGUUUGCUAAUUUAUAUUUCGACUCAAUAAAAUACGCAAUC